UGAAGAAAACCGGUUAUGAAACGUGUAAGUAUGGCCGGCCUAAUGUGUGGAAUGGGGGAGCCACGAAGCACGUACUCAGUUUCUAGCUUUCUUCAAACCACAGGAAUUUUAAAAACGGCUUCGUGUCAGAGCAUGACACACGGCGGCUAUAUUAAAAGGGCGAGUACCGGAGAACUCAAGGAAAUCUUCGACAAAUACGCCAGUCUUACCGUGGAGGGAGACAAGUUCAUGACAGACGAGGAUUUUGUGAUCAGAUAUCUGGGAUUGUUGCCGGAGAAAGAUUACAAUAAAGAGUCUCUUCACUUGCUCUGUGGCGUGCUUGACCAAUCAAAGGAGGGUAGAAUAUCUUUUAAAGAGUUCCAAACUUUUGAAGGUAACCUUUGUGUUCCUGAUGCUCUUUACAAGACUGCGUUUCAGUUAUUCGACACAAACGGGAACGGUUCUGUGAGUUUUGAUGAGUUUGUGGAUAUCAUCUCUAAAACAACAAUACACAAGAGAAUACCGUUUAAUUACGAUAGUGAAUUUAUCAAACUAUACUUUGGUAAGGAGAAGAGUCGUCAGAUAUCUUACAGUGAGUUCUCUCAGUUUCUUCAUGAUUUCCACGACGAAUAUGCAACAGUUGCUUUCAAGGCUAAAGAUAAAAACGGAACCGGGUUCAUCAGCGCAAAAGAUUUUGAGGAUAUUAUGGUUUCUAUUAAAAGCCAUCUUUUAACCGAUUCUGUCAAAUCAAAUCUUGCAGCUGUCGCCUCAGCUGAUGGGAACCAAGUGUCUUAUCCCUAUUUUAUCGCCUUCAUCUCUCUUCUCUCUAAUAUGGAACUGAUCAAGAAGGUUUAUCUUAACGCUUCCAACGGGUCCAGAAUGGCUGAAAUUAAGAAGGAAGAUUUUCUGUAUUCUGCUCAAAUGAUGUCGCAAAUCACUCCUCUAGAGGUUGAUGUGCUUUUUCAAAUUUGCGACAAAUUGCACGGAUUCCAGAAGAUUAUGUACGAAGAUUUCGCUGCAAUUGCUCCAGAGCAGUACAUGAAACAGGUACAACUACAGUACAGUACAGUACAACAAUUACACUCAGUGUUAGAAUUGAGCCAAGUGUUAGUUUUGGAACUAAUGUCCCCUGUGAUUAGGUUUGCUCUUGGUUCCUUUGCUGGUGCUUGUGGAGCUACUGCUGUUUAUCCAAUUGAUUUAGUAAAAACUAGGAUGCAAAAUCAGCGUACUGGCUCAUAUAUAGGAGAGCUAAUGUACAGAAAUAGUUUCGAUUGCUUCAAGAAGGUGCUCAGACAUGAAGGAUUUACUGGUCUAUAUCGAGGCCUAGUUCCUCAACUAAUGGGAGUUGCCCCUGAAAAAGCUAUAAAACUCACCAUGAAUGAUUUUGCAAGAGACAAACUAAAAACUGCAAAUGGCGGACAUCUACCUCUUUGGGCGGAGUGUUUGGCGGGUGCAUGCGGGGGCGGAUCACAGGUGAUGUUCACCAACCCCCUGGAGAUUGUGAAGAUCAGGUUGCAGGUAGCCGGAGAGCUGGCCGCCGGCUCUAAAGUUUCCGCUAUGGGAGUAGUUCGUGAACUUGGAUUUUUCGGUCUUUAUAAAGGAUCAAGGGCCUGCUUUUUGAGAGAUAUUCCUUUCUCUGCAAUCUACUUCCCGGCAUACGCGCAUCUUAAACCAGCCUUUGCAGAUGAGAAUGGAUACAAUUCCCCGCUAUCCCUGCUGACUGCUGGAGCUAUUGCUGGUAUGCCUGCAGCAAGUUUGGUUACGCCUGCUGACGUCAUCAAAACAAGAUUGCAGGUAGUGGCUAGGGCCGGUCAAACAACAUAUACUGGUGUGAUGGACGCUGCCAGGAAAAUCUACGCUGAGGAGGGAUUCAGGGCUUUCUGGAAAGGAAGCAUCGCCAGAAUGUGCAGGAGCUCUCCCCAGUUCGGAGUAACCUUGGUUACCUACGAAUUAAUGCAGAGAUAUUUCUACAUCGAUUUCGGAGGCAGUCGUCCCUCCGGUUCAGUGUCGGAGGGCGUGGCUAGUGCUAUGGAUAUGUCCUCCGGUAAUCCGGAGCAUAUAGGCGGGUACCAGGUGGCCCGCCCCAUCUUUGCCGGGGUAGAAUCUAAGUUUGGUCUGCUUCUCCCAAGGUUUAGCCACUCAUAGAAGUUGAAUCAAGCAUAUCCGAGAUAAAGCAAUAUUCAUCGACAUUAUCCAUCACCAUCAACCGCCACCCUUCCACAUAUUGGCGCCGCCAUUAUGCAAAUAUAGUCUUCAGUAGUCCAAACUAAUUUUAUAAUAUAAUCAACUGACAAAUUCACGAAAAAGUGAAGUAAAUAUUUAAAAUUUUCUUAAACUAUUCUUGAAAUUUUUAUUAAACCUCGUAAAGUAUUUUACCUACUUAUAAAGAAAUGUAUGUACAUUGUACAGGGUUGGACCAUAUGUUCAGUGUAAAAUGAAAUAUCCCGUUGAAAUGCGCCAGUUGUACAGUGUACACUAAAAACUGUACUGUGUACAGUACGGUUUAUAGUGGACAAUUAGAUCAUACUUACAGAGAUAGAUAUAUAUAAAAUAUAUUUACAUACAAUUAGAGAUCUGUAAUAUGUAUACAUAUAUAUAUUUUCAUAGAGAAGCAAUGUUUACUUGUUCAGUACUUGUUAUACAGUUACCUCUAACUUCCUGUCAAUGUUUGCUAUUUUCUUCCCAAUUAAAUAUUUCCAUAACGACAAUUUUCCAAGUUUAACAUUUUCCACGCACAACUUGAUUGCGUUAGGGCCCGAGCACCGAGGCCGGAAACUUUGAAAAUAGCCGAUUUGGAAAUAUUUGAGAAAUUCUGUCUAAAUUCUUGUCUUCACAAAGUAGUCUUAAAAUAUAUUUAGAAAUGAAUUUGUUUUCAGA